AUCAGUGCCCUACAUGUGGAAAAUCAUUCAAAUCCAAGGGAGAUAUGAAUAAACAUACUUUGGUUCACACGGGAGAGCGACCUCACAAGUGCACUACAUGUGGAAAAUCAUUCAAAUUCAAGCAAGAUAUGAAGAAACAUACUUUGGUUCACACAGGAGAGCGACCUCACAAGUGCACUACAUGUGGAAAAUCAUUCAAAUUCAAGCAAGAUAUGAAGAAACAUACUUUGGUUCACACGGGAGAGCGACCUCACAAGUGCACUACAUGUGGAAAAUCCUUCUCAACCAGCAGCUAUAUGAAGAGACAUACAUUGGUUCACACAGGAAAUGGACCCCAUAAGUGCACUACAUGUGGAAAAUCCUUCUCAACCAGCAGCUAUAUGAAGCUUCAUUUAUUGGUUCACACAGGAGAACGACCUCAUGAGUGCACUACAUGUGGAAAAUCCUUCCAAACCAGCAAAAAUAUGAAGAGACAUACAUUGGAUCACACAGGAAAUAGACCCCAUAAGUGCACUACAUGUGGAAAAUCCUUCUCAACCAGCAGCAAUAUGAAGCUUCAUUUAUUGGUUCACACAGGAGAGCGACCUCAUAAGUGCACAACAUGUGGAAAAUCCUUCCGAAACAGCAGCAAUAUGAAGAAACAUACAUUGGUUCACACGGGAGAGCGACCUCUUCAGUGCACAACAUGUGGGAAAUCAUUCAAAAACAAGGGAGUUAUGAAGAAUCAUACUUUGGUUCACACAGGAGAGCGGCCUCAUCAGUGCCCUACAUGUGGAAAAUCAUUCAAAUCCAAGGAAUAUAUGAAGAAACAUACUUUGGUUCACACGGGAGAGCGGCCUCAUCAGUGCACAACAUGUGGGAAAUCAUUUAAAAACAAGGGAGUUAUGAAGAAUCAUACUUUGGUUCACACAGGAGAGCGGCCUCAUCAGUGCCCUACAUGUGGAAAAUCAUUCAAAUCCAAGGAAUAUAUGAAGAAACAUACUUUGGUUCACACGGGAGAGCGGCCUCAUCAGUGCCCUACAUGUGGAAAAUCAUUCAAAUCCAAGGAAUAUAUGAAGAGACAUACAUUGGUUCACAAAGGAGAGUGACCUCAUUAGUGCCCUAGAUGUCGAAAAUCAUUCAAAUCCAGGGAAUAUAUGAAAAAACAUACAUUGGUUCACACAGGAGAGCGGCCUCAUCAGUACCCUUCAUGUGGAAAAUCAUUCAAAUCCAAGGAAUAUAUGAAGAAACAUACAUUUGUUUACACGGGAGAGUGACC